CUUCCAAUCCAAAUCGACGACGAAGACGAAGACGAAGAUGGCGAGCUACGCGAAGAUGGAGAAGGGGGAGCUCGAUUUGGAGGCCGGUGGCAUGCUCUUCCCCGGCAUCAGCCGCGGCGAGAACGAGCUCCGAUGGGGAUUCAUUCGCAAGGUCUAUGGCAUCCUCACCGCGCAGAUCGUCCUCACGACCAUCGUCUCCGCUGUCACCGUUCUUCACCGUCCCCUCAACGCCCUUCUCUCUGAUAGUUUUGGCCUUGCCUUUGGCCUCGCCAUUCUUCCUCUUGUUUUGCUCAUCCCUCUUCAUCAUUAUCAGCAAAAGCAUCCUCUGAAUUUUGUGUUUCUUGGGUUGUUUACUCUUUGUCUAAGCCUAAGCAUUGGUGUGGCCUGUGCAAAUACUGAAGGAAGACUUGUCCUUGAGGCUUUGAUUUUAACAUCUGGUGUUGUUAUAUCGUUGACUGGUUAUACUUUCUGGGCUUCUAAGAAGGGCAAGGACUUCAGCUUCCUUGGACCAAUUCUAUUUGCCGGUCUCAUGGUUCUCCUAUUGACAAGUUUUCUUCAGAUCUUCUUCCCACUCGGAUCUGCAUCAGUUGCCGUCGUUGGCGGUUUGGGUGCUCUCUUAUUCUCUGCAUAUCUUGUCUAUGACACAGACAAUUUGAUUAAACGCUUCACUUACGACGAGUACAUCUGGGCGUCCGUUGUUCUCUAUUUGGACAUUCUGAACCUGUUCCUUUCCAUCUUGAACAUUCUGAGGGGCAUGCAGUCCGACGGGUAGAGUAUGAAUCUUCAUUCGCUUUUCGCUUUCUCGUCUGAUCUUUGCUACUGAAUCAUAGUGAUCUUCUCAUUGCUUAUGCACUUGAAGUAACUGCUGUUUCUAUUACUUUAAUGUUCUGUCUGCAAAGUUUAAUCUAUAUUUCUGAUUAAAUAAAUAAAAGUUGUGAGAUAUUUAGAUA